CGGAGCGAAAUUUUUCUUUUUUGAUUGAUUGGCUGAAUUUGAAAAUGUGAGAGAGAGAGAAAGGAAGAUGCGCGCGCAUCUUGGACUUUUAUGCUUAGAAAGAACAAAAAAAAAGUUUAUCGAUCGUUGUUGAAUUGUUUUCGUUUUAUUCUGUGUGUCUCUCCAGAAACUUACUGUAUAUUUUAUUAAUUAUUAUUAUUAUGAUUACACCAAUAAUAUCAAUUAUUAUUACUAGAGAAAAGAAAUUCAGGGAAAUAAUUUAUGUGCUGUAUAUAAUUAAUUUUAAAAUGCGGAUAGAACCCGUUUUAUGAUUAGCCUUAGUAUUUAAAAUGGAAGGAAAGAAACAAGAAGCGACAAAAAAAUAACUACAAAUACAAUUUAGUACCUGUGCACUUAAAAAAAAUCUCAACUGAAUGUAUUAAACGAAAUACUAAAACAUGUUUUAAUUAAUUAAAGUUCUUUAUUUCUACACACGACGUUCUUUGAAUUUGAAACCGCGGAAGUGACGUAGGCGUCGGCGGUGGAAGGAGCGUGCGUGCCAUUUUUUUCUUUUUUUUUUGAAAACGCGCGGCGCGCCCCCACAACCUCGAGCUUGCUCACUGAUGGCGCUGGACAUCAACAAAAAUGAUUACUACAACCAUGUUUACGUGAGCGAUCUAUAAUAUUAUUUUAGGACUACAUUUCGUCAUCGUCGGAAAUUCUGGACGAGGAUUUCCUGGUGCUGCAUUCCUCUAUUAUGUUAUAAUGGAUUUUAAGUCUGUGGAGGAAGCGAACGAUCUCCUGAGCAAUGGAAUACUGGUGGAAACAGCUAAAGGCGUGGUGUGCAUGUCCUUGAAUGAUGCCCUCACAUCAGACUUGAAUCUAUCCGUGGAAGACUUACAGACUGUGGCUGCUCAAUUACUGCUGCAGCAGGAAACGAAAACCAAGAAACCUCUAAUCUCAGUGCAGAGUGUCCAGGCAAUAAAUUCAAGUUUUGUUUCAUCUGAUGGCUUGGGUGAUAGUGAUGGGUUCACAAGUGAGUCCAGUGAAAAGUUACCGAUCCCUCCACAGGUCACUAUUGUGGAACCACAGAUUGAAGCCAAAGUGCCAAAGAAGAGAGGUGGUUGGCCCAAAGGGCGAAAACGCAAACCAGAGCUGCUGCAUCUGCCCCCAAAGGCUCCAUCAACUGGCUACAAUCUGUAUCUGAAUGACCAACGAAAAUUGUUCAAGGACAGCCCCAUGCCUUUCCACGAGAUCACCAAGCUGAUUGGAAACAAAUGGAGCAGUUUGAGCUUGGAGGAGAAGAAACCUUAUUUGGAGAAAGCUGAGGAGGAGAAGAGGCGCUACAGGGAAGAAUUAAGGGAGUACCGGCAAUCUGGAGCUUAUCAACUUUAUCUGGCAAAUAAAAGGAGGAAGAGGGCUAAGUACAAUGUACUAUCAGAGAGUGAUAUGGAUGCAACUGAUGAUCUGGAUGAGGAAGACAAUGAAGAGCUGUAUUGCCGGACCUGUGAUCAAUACUUUCAUAACCUGCACAACAAGAGGGAACAUUUGCAGGGCAAGCAGCAUAUGCAAUCUGUCGCCGGUGCCAUACACAGUGAGUUGGGUUCAGAUUAUGAAACUGGAAACACCUCCUCAUUCAGUACCUCAUUGGAUGAGUCGUCUUUGGACGCCACCAUCCAACCAAAAGUAGAAAAGUCUGAUUUGGUCGUCGAUCAUAUGGCGAAUUUGAUUGGGGCCUUGAGCAAGCGGGAGACUGAUAUUAAGACUCUGCAGCGGUCUCUGAAGGAGAAGAACUCCGGCAAUACGGCGCUGCACCAGCAAUACGCGCAACUGAAGGAGCGCGAAACGAAACUUAAGAAGGAAUUGGCAUCAUUGAAGCAGCAGGAGAAAGAAAUGGAGGCGGUUACAUUCAACUUGUGGCAGGUGCCCAGUUGGUUCGUAAUUUCUGAUAAUCAAAAGUUACCACAAUAAAGAGUGUUUUAUGAAGAAUGAAAAAAAUGGAAGAAGGAAAUUCCUUAUUAUGGAUGCAGUAUUACCAGCGUAUAUCUUUGAACGGCAUUUUCUUUUUGAAACUCUUUAUUUCUUUCUUUUCUUUGUUAGAUUAUAUAUAUACUUAUU